AUGAGACCUCUUUCGGCCUGCAAGGUCUGUCGGGACCGCCAGAAGAAGUGCAUUAGGCCGCGUCGUGGGACAACUUGCGUCUUCUGCACCAAACGAGGUCUCGCGUGUAAUGUUGCGCCAGACCCAAAGCCGGCUUUGCCACAAGGCUACGCUCCUUUAGCUGAUCCGAAAGGAGUUGCGCUUCAUGCCUCAUCCGCGGCAAUCCCUGAUCGCGCCUUGUCGAGGGAGCUGAUUGACCUCUUUUUCGUCCAUGUCCACUUUGCCUUUCCGACCAUGUUCCACAUGCCCUCCUUCAAAGCGGCUUUCCAUAGUGGCACCAUUCCCAGAGUUUUGUUCUUUGCCGUCAUUGGCCUCUCGGCUCGGUUUUCCGGUCAUGACAGUCUCAGGCAUAUUAACCCCUGGCACAGGGGCCGUCCGUAUGCUCAGGAAGCGGAGAAGUUACUCGACUUGCACGACACCUCAAUAGUAACGAUUCAAGCCUGCAUGCUGCUGGCUGCAAACUUUAUUGCGGAUGGCGAGUCCAUGACGGAGUGUGUUUACUAUACUAUUGCCUGUCGUAUGGCCAUGUUGCUUGAUCUUCCCAACCUGAAGGUUAACACGCGCAUCGAGCAAGAAGUCAACCGUCGAGUUUGGUGGUCACUGGUUACGACUGAUACUUGGAACAGCUCAUCUGUCUCUCUUCCGCGCGCUAUCCAGAUUCGCCAUGACGUUCCUUUACCAAUAAGCGAGCAGGACUUCAGAAAUCUUGAUGCUAAUGAACCCGCCGAGCAUGUCGCGUCACCAGCCACGCCCUCUUCUCCAGGCUCAUGGCCGUCCCACUCGUUGCUCGCACGUUUCAUCAGCCUCAAUACCCUUCUAUAUGAAGUGAAUCAGCUGAAUGCCAGAAUAGCUGCCGAGAAACUAUCUAGGGCACAUACUCACGAAGCAAUUAGUCAACUGGCGACGACGUUGGAUGCAUGGUUGACCGACUUACCUCCUCAGUUGAGAUAUACCGAAGAAAGCAUGGCGUUCUGGGGCAGCCAAGGGUCCGGACCUACCUUUGUCAAUAUGCACAUGAACUACCAUCACAUCGGGCAGCUACUCUUCUACUCAUCUCUAGGGGCGAGCUUAGAGAUGGGAAUUGAUAGCCCGAGUUACGAGCCAACUAUUUGCUUUGCCACAAGGUGUAAACAGCACGCUGCCGACCUCUGCGACCUCAUCUGGAGGGCCAAGCAGCGGCCCGAGACAGACAUUAUGCAUUCGCUCGUCGGCCACGACCUCGUCACAUCUUCAACAGUACAGAUACACACACUGCUAUUCAGCCUUGAUGACGAAGAAAUUGCAACGGCCAAGUCUAGACUGGAGCGGAACUUUGAGAUGAUUACUGAUUUGCACAAGUACUGGCCCAUCGUCUCGGUGACCAUCAGCAAGCUGCAAAAGUUUCACAAUGCUUGCCUCAGAUAUAAGGACGCGACCUUUCACCUCGACCGGUGGAUGUUGCAGUUCAUACUUGAGUUUUCACAACCAAUCCAGGAGAGGAGUGAGGACAUGUUGCAUCGCGGCGAUAAUGAAGAGGUCUUUGAUCAACUGAGGAACCUCAUUGACGUUUAG